CGCGCCACUCCCCUUAGACGCGCGAGGCUGGCCGCCAUGUUCAACAAGAAGACGAUGGUCCUCUACUGCGGGGGAUCCCCCGGCUUGGCGCCCGCCGCCCCGCAAUCCCCAGGCGCAGGAGGAGGAGGAGGCAGCGGCGAGGGCGGACUGGCCCUCCUGCCCGUCUUGCCCGCCGGCGGUCGGGCAGGCCUGGCCGGGGGGCUGUGCUGGCCCCCGGCCGGCUGCGCUGAGGGGCCUCGAGGUCUGAUUGGCGCCGGGCCCCUGUCGCUGAUUGGGCCCCCGGACGCGGCUGCGCGCGCGCUGAUUGGCCAGGCGGCGACCCCCGAAGAAGAGCUGGACGGCUGCGAGCCGGAGCCGGAGAACGAAGCGGAGGCGGCCGCCGCCCCCUCGCCGCCCGGGGCGGACCCGCUGCGCCAGGUGACGCUGGAGCUGGUGGCCUCGUACCUGCGGGAGGCGGCCGACCAGGAGCCCGCCAAGCAGGGCUGCGGCGGCGGCGGGAAGUUCCUGCAGGGCCUGCUGGGCCGCUUCGGGCCCUGCCCGCCCGGCCAGGCGGAGACGGCGGCGCGGGCGCUGGAGACGCUGCGGAGGGUCUGCGACGACAUCAUGGAGAAGCACCAGCUGGCCUUCCAAGGAAUGCUAAGGAAAGUGCAGAUCAACAAAGCAGAUGACUUGAAACUUAUGUCGGAAGUUGCAACACAAGUUUUCAACGAUGGCAUAACAAACUGGGGGCGAAUUGUGACUCUCAUUUCUUUUGGUGCCUUUGUUGCCAAACACUUGAAGAGCAUAAAUCAGGAAAGCGGCAUCAACACUUUAGCAGAGAUUAUCACAGAGGUUCUGGUGACAGAGAAGAGAGAGUGGCUGCUGCAUCAUAACGCCUGGGAGGGCUUUGUUAAAUUCUUCCAUGUAGAGGACCUGGAAGGCAGCAUCAGAAACAUUCUGGUGGCUUUUGCAAGCGUGGCUGGUCUAGGAGCGAGCUUGGCUUACUUGAUCCGGUGAGCCAAAAAAGUGGGGCUCUCCCAAGUGGAGCUUAGCUUGGACUCCUCCGUUCCUGCUGUGAAUACAAAACUGAGCUGUUCUCCUCUUGCAACCGAGCGGGAAGCAGGACGGCUGGAAUUCACCAGGAAGGGAGGACUGCUGUGAACUGUCCAGGAUAGAAGGUAAGCCAGCAAAGGACAUCUUACAAACAGAAGUCGGUUUUCCAAGGGAAGAAGCGUGCACUCUGGUUCACUCACACGAAGCAAAGAGGACUGAAAACCUGUGCAGGAUGUGUGCUUGGACUGGCGGGCUUGGGAGAAAGACCGCUGGAUGCACUGAGCAGUGAUUGCGCAGGGCGACAAUUGUGCCUCCUCCCAUCUUUUGGAGAUAGCGCUGGUGCAGAGGUUUGGGUCCAGUGUCACCCUCAAGACUUCCAGGUGAUCUCUGGGAUAUGCCUUGAACUUUUGGUGGAAGACGGCAAAAGUAUUUGUUUUGCCCCAUCACUAAGAGAAAAGGCCCGGCGUCCUUCAGGCUCUCAUCAACCCAUCGUAUUCAAAAGGACUGCCUGUAUUAUUAUUUUUUCAUCUUUCCUUCCAUUGCCUUCCCUUUGAAAGCGUUACACUGCCAAUAAGCCCCCCUGGAUCGCACCAAGCUGCUCCCUGCUCAGGGAGCUCAGUCUGCACCACGAUAAACAUCAUUUGGAACUGAUGUCAGUCCCUGUUUGAAACCUGCAGGAUAUGUGUGCACUCUUGAAGACAUCUUUGAGAAAAGGUUGCAAAGAGUUUUUUUUUAUUUUUUUGCUUUUUUAAAAACAUGAUUCAGUUUGGAUUUGGUGACUCUUGAUUCAUUUCCCCCAUCUACGUAUGCAAGGCAUUUCAGAAAAACCUUUCUAUCCAAGUCAACAAGGUUAUCCAUGGGACUGUAGUGACCACCUAAAAUAGAGUGUUUUGAAAACCCCUCUUUUGGCAAGGAAAAGGAUUCCUGGGAGAGGCGGUCUUCAAUCGCCCUGCUUUUAUUUUUGAUUUUCGAAUGGAGUUAAAGGAUGCUUUU